AUCCUUUUCCAUUUUGCUGGCGUCCUCCAACUUUGGGGCCAGGGGGGCGCUAGUGGUGCGGGGCUGCACCUGCUGGGGCGUGCAGAUGCUGUGGGCUAGCUCGCUCUCCCGGGGCAGUGGUGUGGAUGCACAGGAGUUCGGGCGCUGGGCAAGUGCUUGUGAAGCACCUAAGUCUAGGAAGGAGCCCAGGAUGAGCGGCGGGUUGAGUCGGAACUGAACCCCUAAAAGCGGGUCCGCCUCCCGCCCUCGCGCCCGCUCGGAGCUGAGUCGCUGGCGGCGGUGGGCGGCAGAGCGACGGGGAGUCUGCUCUCACCCUGGAUGGAGCUGAACUUUGAGUGGCCAGAGGAGCGCAGUCGCCCGGGGAUCGCUGCACGCUGAGCUCUCUCCGCGAGACCCGGCGGCGGCUUUGGAUUUUGGGGGGGCGGGGACCAGCUGCGCGGCGGCACCAUGUUCCUAGCCACUCUGUACUUCGCGCUGCCACUCCUGGAUUUGCUGAUGUCGGCCGAGGUGAGUGGUGGGGACCGCCUGGACUGUGUGAAAGCCAGUGAUCAGUGCCUGAAGGAACAGAGCUGCAGUACCAAGUACCGCACACUAAGGCAGUGCGUGGCGGGCAAGGAAACCAACUUCAGCCUGACAUCCGGCCUCGAGACCAAGGAUGAGUGCCGCAGCGCCAUGGAGGCCUUGAAGCAGAAGUCUCUCUACAACUGCCGUUGCAAGCGGGGCAUGAAGAAAGAGAAGAAUUGUCUGCGUAUCUACUGGAGCAUGUACCAGAGCCUGCAGGGAAAUGACCUACUGGAAGAUUCCCCGUAUGAGCCGGUUAACAGCAGGUUGUCAGAUAUAUUCCGGGCUGUCCCAUUCAUAUCAGUGGAGCACAUUUCCAAAGGGAACAACUGCCUGGAUGCGGCCAAGGCCUGCAACCUGGACGACACCUGCAAGAAGUACAGGUCCGCCUACAUCACCCCCUGCACCACCAGCAUGUCCAAUGAGGUCUGCAACCGCCGCAAGUGCCACAAGGCCCUCAGGCAGUUCUUUGACAAAGUUCCGGCCAAGCACAGCUACGGGAUGCUCUUCUGCUCCUGCCGGGACAUCGCCUGCACCGAGCGGCGGCGGCAGACAAUCGUCCCUGUGUGCUCCUAUGAAGAACGAGAGAGGCCCAACUGCCUGAAUCUGCAAGACUCCUGCAAGACAAAUUACAUCUGCAGAUCUCGCCUUGCAGAUUUUUUUACCAACUGCCAACCAGAGUCAAGGUCUGUCAGCAACUGUCUUAAGGAGAACUAUGCAGAUUGCCUCCUGGCCUACUCAGGACUGAUUGGCACAGUCAUGACUCCCAACUACAUAGACUCUAGCAGCCUCAGUGUGGCCCCUUGGUGCGAUUGCAGCAACAGCGGCAAUGACCUGGAAGACUGCUUGAAAUUUCUGAAUUUUUUUAAGGACAAUACGUGUCUCAAAAAUGCAAUUCAAGCCUUUGGCAAUGGCUCAGAUGUGACCAUGUGGCAGCCAGCCCCCCCAGUCCAGACCACCACUGCCACCACUACCACUGCCUUCCGGGUCAAGAACAAGCCUCUAGGGCCGGCAGGGUCUGAGAACGAGAUCCCCACACACGUUUUACCACCUUGUGCAAAUUUGCAGGCACAGAAGCUGAAAUCCAAUGUGUCGGGCAGUACACAUCUCUGUCUUUCUGAUAAUGAUUACGGAAAGGAUGGUCUUUCUGGUGCCUCCAGCCACAUAACCACAAAAUCAAUGGCUGCUCCUCCCAGCUGCGGUCUGAGCUCACUGCCCGUGAUGGUGCUCACCGCUCUGGCUGCCCUGCUUUCUAUAUUGUUGGCAGAAACAUCGUAGCUGCAUCCGGAAAAACAGUAUGAAAAGACAAAAGAAAACCAAGUAUUUCUGUCCCCUGUCCUCUUGUAUAUCUGAAAAUCCAGUUUUAAAAGCUCGGUUGAGAAACGGUUUGACCCAGCUGGAACUCUUUUGUUGUUUUUAAGAAAGCUUCUUGUGGCCCUCACGGGCUUCUGUUGAAGAACUGCUACAGGGCUAAUUCCAAACUCAGAAGGCUCUGGGGCAUGGUGCGUCUUAAGGGGACCAUUUGUAACCUGGACUGCAAAGCAAGCUGAGCUUAUGUUUUUGAUGGUGAUGAUGGUGAUGGUGGUGGUAAUGAUGAUGAUGAUGAUAGUUUUAACAGCUUCAACCCUGUUCUCUCUACUGGCUAGGAGCAGGAAAUGCUAUUGAUAAGGAUUCAUCCAUACCUUAUUUAAUAGCACUGAAUUCUAAAGACAUGACUGCAGCCUAGUGUGGACGGAUAACAAGUGGAGGUUGGCCUCACGAGUGAACUUUGCAGACUCUAUCUUGUACUAAUGUUCACCUUUCUAUGUAUGUUCUACGGAGUGUUUAUGUACUACAGACUGUUCUGUGAUCCCCAGCAAAACAAAACAAAACAAAACAAAAAUCCUUGGUCACAUCUAAAUGUAGAACCUCUCAUUUAGCCCAGUAGAGGAGGGUGGGUGUGGCCCUCGAACAGCACCUGGAUUGUUGACUGGCGCUCUCCCUAGCUUUGCUCGAGUGAGAAGCUGAAUGUAGCUGAAGAUCAACUUUUUACUGCCUCUUAUACUUACGAGGUCACAUGUAGAACAAGCGUUACCAACUAUUAGCUUUCCAAGUAUUCGCUUUCUACGUUUUGAAAGCAGCGAUACUGACCCCACAUUUUACUGAUGGUUUAAUCCACACAGCCGUUUCCCCUCCUCAGUAGCACUAGCUCCAGCAUCAGCUUCAUGUGUAUGGCUCUCAAAAGCAGACCCCGAGAAGCCCAGUGCUUUAGCAGAAAGCUGCAUCACAUUUCUGUGGACAGGCAGGAGGAAACUGAACAGCCAACCAUGUCUUAUCUGUCUUGAAAUCAAGGCUGCCUGUAAGGAAUGGUUAGACACUUAUAAAGAGUGCCACACUGGAUGGUGAUAGCCCCAGUACAUUGGUUGUUGAGUUGUCUGGCACAGACAGCUUUGAUUGGGACUGGCUGGCCAUAAAAGAUGGGAUGGAGAUAUGCUACCCUCUCUGUUAAAGUCGAACCCUGCCAGGGCACAUGGAAGCGUCUUUGCUCCUGACCACAACUUAGAAGAGUUUGGAUUCAAGGUCAUCAAACAUCUCCUGUAUAUUGUUCUAUGACCUUCAUGACAGACUGUCCCACACAAGAGGAAUGACAGGUUAUGGAUCUAGAGGGCCAACACGGGGUCUGGAAAGCUUAACUGAUUGCCACAAAUACACAGAACAGGAGGGGACACUUGAGCUGAGACAUCUGACUUACUAGCCACACACCAUCUCCUGGAGCCCCUCUCCUUGCCUGAGCAGACCCUUAGGUGUAUGUCUGAAGACUGCUUUACAUGGUCAGGCUCAGAAUGUUAAUGGUUGCAUACUGGCAACUGUGUUUCCUGAAAAGUGAAUAAAGGAGAGGAGAAUCGUCUGUGCAUUGAGCCCUGGGAGUAUGAUCUGGAUUCUAACCCUUCCACAGAGCCGGGAGCCCUGUUGCAAACAGUCUCCUGAUACCCUUUCUACUCUCUGAGGUUUGCCUUGGAAAAAUAACGAUUCACCUGGGGAGGGCCCCCUUUAUAAAUGUCUGAAGUACAUUUAUAUCGAAAUGUUAAUGAAUACCAAUGUAAAAUACUCAGUAGCAACCUUUAAUCCUUUCACAAUGUCUUUGAGGGGAAUGCAUCCAACAUCCAAGUUACCUAUCUGUGGGAAGUUCCAUGAAGACUCAUACAUUGAAUAAACACAUUCGAUGUGUCAAAACAGAAUGCCAGUCAUGAAUGGAAGCAUAUCUCUUACCGAUCAUAGUUUUGUUUUAAUUAAGGUAUAUGCAUAUAUCUUCACUGGACUAAUUGCAUAAGGGUCUGAUUAGAUGUGGUCCACCAUAGGAGUUUAUUGAUUAUCCCCGCAGUAUGCUGCAGCUGUAAUUAGCUUCAGGGGACCAGAGAGGAAACAGGAGCCCUGUGCUAACAAGGGUAGCCUUCAGCAAGAACUCAUAGAUUGGCAACAUACAAAUUAAACUUUGAAAAGCUCUGUCACCAGUAAAAAUCACAUUUUCUUUCAGAGAUAAAAGCAUAUCAGAGUUAUCAAGUCCUCGAUUUGAAAACAAGUUGCUGAUGAAAUAAAUCCGUGGGAAGGGCCCCAUUUAGGGACAACACAUCAGAGACCGAUACAAACCAAGGCAAGCAUUUAGGCUUUCCAUUUGCUGUGGUCUCAGGUUGACGAUGUGCACUCAAAGAAGCGAUUCAUCUCAAGACUGGAACAGGGAAACAUGGAGAGUCUUUUAUGCACCGACUUCCUUCCUCUUGGAGCCCCACCCAAUGAGCAGAAGUGAUUGCCGACUUCCUGUCCCUCUGCUUUCCCUGGUCACAGACACAGGUUUCAUCUGCUGAGGUUGGGUUCCUUGUAGAAAGUCCUUUGUGAAGUUGAUUUUGCCAUCCUAACUGACAGUUGUGUUCACACAGUGACUCAGAAUCCAGCCUGUCCUACUUGGGGGAGAGACAAAGGUGACAGAGCCACAUUGAGCAGAAGCACAUUCAUUCUGUUUGACCUUGAAUGUCCUUGAGCAAAUGGUGUUUGAGAAUCUUUGAGAGCACAGGAGAGAAGUACAUACCAGAGAGGGAAUUCAGAAUGCCGGCUGUUUAUUUUUCCACGUCUGAUUUUUUUUUUUCAAACCUCAAAUUAAAAAAAAGUAGAC